GUUCUCCCUAACUAUUUCAAAGUAGAAAAGCAACUCAACCAACAAAAAGGCCAAAAUCCCCUUUCCCCUUUCUCAUUCUUCUUCUGUGUGUCUCCUUCCUUUUCUCUGAUUUUUUUUUUUUUUGUCCUUUUUGGUGUUUCUGCUACUAAUUUGGUGGUGAAGAAUGAUGGCUGUUGGUUGGUAGCAUGAGUUGGUGAGAAAGUUAAUUGAAAAUCCCUUCUCAUUUCCCGUCUUCUUCCAAAUCUAGACCACGUGACCACCGCCGAUGACCACCUAAACCACCGCGAAAUCCCCGUCUUCUCCCUAAAAAUCCCUAAUUACUGUGACUUACUGGGAGACGAGAGGAUUUGAAUACAUUUUCAAUGAACCCAUUGCCAUUGGGAUCUACAAAGCCACUACCAGUAAGCACCCGUUGUUUUCCUUUCUUUUCUUUUUGAUUGAAGAUUUUUGAUUGAUUAUUGUUGUUUCUUCUUCUACUUCCUCAGGUCAAAUCUCUUUGUGUCCUGUACUCUGACAUUGUUUCCACAUUUUUCUUCUGUUUUUAAUUGUUGUUUCCAUUUUUGGAUAAUAAGCUUCAUGGGUUUGUGGCAAAGAAUUGGUAAAUAGUGAUGCUUGUGUGCUCUGCCUCUUGUUUGCAGUAACUUUUUCUUCUCUAUUGAAAUAAUUUUUGUUGCGAAGAAAGCUGAGGAUAGGUGGAGAAGAGUAGAAUAGAAUAUUGUGUUUUGCUCGUUGUUGAAUCAGUCAAAUCAAUUUUGUACUAUUGGAUUAUCUUCUUCUUAUUAUUAUUUUUUUAAGUAAUUUAAUUCAUAUUGAUUAGUGGAAAAUACAAAGAAAGGUUGUACAUUGAUUAGGAUGUUUAAACAUAUUUGUCUCUCCGGUGAAUGGUUUUAGUCAUGUAAUGGAAUUAUGGAGCAGAUAAGGCUUUAACAUAAGAAUGUUGAACAUUGGUUCAUUGCAUUUUGGUGGUCAGCAUCGUGAGCAUGGAAAGCAUCCUCUAGAGCAGGAUGUCUAUUUCUACUACUACUGUUCUAUGACCAGCCAUUCGGUAAAUGUAGCUUACUGCCCUUUUUCUAUUGUGCAGGUGGUGUGCAAGUUCACAAUUCUAGGAUAUGGAAUGUGAAUGUCUUUAAUUUUUUUUUAACCUAUCCUUUUUUAUUCCCUUCAUGGUGCUUGAUUGUGUGUAACUCCAAAGCAUGCUUCUCUUAUUUUAUUUUCAGCUUCUUUAGAAAAAAGAAAGAACGAAAAAAAAAGAACGAAAAAAAAAAAAACUUUAAAUGAGGAGUCAAAAUUUUGUACUUCUCUUCUCGCUAUUUUGCCUAUUGACAUAAGAUCAGCUUUUUCCAUGCUUUUUAACUCUUAGAAUCACACCAAAUUUAGGUGGGAUUUAGUUUAUAUCUAUUAAUCUGCAUUUGGAAACCUACGAUCCUCUUGAUUUUGCUUAGAAUUUUGCAAUCAGUGUAUGCAUUGAUUUUGUUUUUGAGUUCAUUUAGUGCCUUUGUGUGUGGGUGUUUGUGUAUAAUCAAGUACUUACUCUUGUGAUCAUCACACAUCCGAGUUGUUGAAUACACCAAAAUUGAUCAUUCUGAUUAGGUUUUGUUUCUAAAAGAACUCUCUUUUUAUUUCCCCUAUCUUAAAUUUCCUUGCUUUAAAAGCCAUUUUAUCUUAUGAAUUUUAUUGAGUUUUGCAGGUUCAGGAAUCCCUAUUUCGUAGAAUUGAGCCAUUAUUUUACUUGCAGCUUAUAAUAAUGGGAUUUGUUUACAGAAGGUGGGAUGCAUGCCAGAGAAACUUUAAGCUCUAAGAUGGAACAAGGAAGGAGCCAACAGCAACCAUGUAUUUCUUUCGUACCUGUUGAAGGUUAUCUAUCUUGUAUUUCAUGUCUCAGGCUAGCAGCAGUUGCAACAAUGGUUUCUUGUGCUUUAGCUAGUUAGUUUGUUCCUAGCUAGGCUUCUAUCCUAUUUUGUUUGGACCAUGUCAUUUUAUGUUCUGCUCUGUUUUAUGUUUAACUUGGUUUGAAGAAUUGUUAUUUGAGUAUUUUGGCUUGUAAGGAUGGAUCUCAAUUUAUGUCACCAUUGCAAUGAUUGUUAUGGCA